CCUCCAAUUGAAGAUCAUUAACGUCCAUUUUAAUUUAUUCAGUUUACUCUAACUUUAUUUCAAGUAAUAAUGAUUCAGUCAAAGGCAAAAGAGCCAAUGUUUAUCUAAAAUGUCAAAUUGUUUAGACGUCAGGUUCUUUAAAUGGGAUCCGGUGGCGUCACGUUACCAUGGUUACGCGUGACGUAAUCUGACAGUUUCGCAGUGCAGUUUCGGCUCCGCGGUUUCAGUGGUUUCGACAAUUUCAUCCCCAAGCAGACGGCGUUAUAAUUUUAUGACAGAGCCAGUGAACUUAGGUUAGAUAAACAAUACUCAAGUUUCUGUCAUUGCCUGACAAAUAAAUAAAUAAGUACACUAAGAAGAAUAAAAUGUCAGGGACAGACGAACGAGUGGAGGAGAUAAAUAAAAAAUUCUUAGAAUUCAUGAGCAAGUCUGAAAACGUUGAAUUGGCAUCUAAGGAAAUAUACGAAGAUCUUUUGGACGAGGUACUGAUGGGGUUCGUCUUUGAUGUUCAUAGAACGACAAAAACAGGGAGUUCAGAUGUAGAGGAAGGGAUCCCUGAUGACGAGUCAUAUGCCAUAGUAGACCUUCCAGGGCUUGAUGUUUUUGGUCAACAACCCAUAAAAAAAUCUCAAGAAUGCAACUGUCCAAAUUGCGACCGUGGUGUAGCAGCCUGUAGGUUUGCAACACACUUGGAAAAGUGCAUGGGUAUGGGAAGAAAUAGUUCAAGAAUUGCAUCUCGACGCAUAGCAAACAGUUCCAAGGACUUGAGUAAUCUCAGUGGUGUUAUUAGCGACGAUGACGACGAUGUUGACUGGAGCUUAGCAAAUGACAAAAGAAAAAGACGCAAAGAUAGAAAUGGGCUAAAAAAAUCCAAGCAGACUAAAAGUGGUCAUAGGAAUGGAGAUAACAUAGGAGAUAAUAAUCAUACAAGUAACGAAAACUCACCUUCAAAUUAUGAGAACAUGUCUAUGGAAGACAAGAGAGCACUGCUUACACAUAUUUGUGGGGUUGUCUCUGAGCACACAAAGAAACUCUGUACAAGAUCUAUGCGGUGUCCUCAGCAUACAGAUGACCAGAGGAAAGACAUGCGCGCUAAUCUUGAAUCUACUAACAAUGGUCAUUCUAAUCAAGACAAUCUUCAUGUGGAUGUUGAUACCUAUGAGGAAGGGGAUGGACAGAACCUCAGAGAUGCCUUGGCAAGGUGGGAUCUCGAGGUCUCCAGCCAUUCCAGUCCCGCUGAUUCUGCUUCGACUACUUCCACUUCCUCUUCCAGCAGAAAGAGGGAAUCCAAGACUAAGGGUAAAGGAAAAGGAUCUAAGCGGGACAGAGGAUCCCCGAUUUCGCAGGGAGACUGAAUAGACCUUUUAGUUAUCAUAUGAAAGAAACUCUGGGUUGUUGGCCAAGUCUUCUGAAGCAGUUGGUCUUUGGCUGAAGUUAAAAAACGUGGUGGCAAAAGAUAAAUAAUAUUUCUUCCAACCGGAUUAUUUAUGAUAUUAUUAUGCUUUAUUACUACCUAAGUUAUUUUUCAAUCAAUUGCUAUCAUAUGCUAUCGAUAACCAGAUAAGUGGAAGAAAAUAAUUAUGAAUUUAAACAUAAUUAAUUCUGACUAAGCGGGAUUAAUAGCGUUUUACAAUUACUGUGAAAUUAUCAUAUGAAUAAUCAUGUUGUGACUAUUCU